GUCUAUGUUUGUUUUUAUCAAGGGUUUUAUCAUGUUUUAGGUUACAUUUUGAUUUGUACAAUUUGUAGAGGAUUAUUUUUAUAAUAAUGUAUUUUGAAGCCUUUUUAGCAGGUGUUUGGGCGUCAAUAGGGAGUACUUUAGGAAAAUUAACAGGCACCGCUUCUGUCGUGGGCGAGGGGUAUCUGAUAUGGGCGUGUUUGCUGGUGGCUAUGGUUGUAGCCAACACUUGGGGCUGCCGACAUUACCUGCGUUCUCUGGACGCAGCUACUAACUCUGUAGCCCCUACAGUCAUAUCUGCGGCAUCUAGCUACGUGUUAUCUGGAAUCAUCGGGAUAACAGUAUUUGACGAAGGUGCAUCAGUGCGAUGGUGGGCGGGCGCCAUGUUAAUACUCCUUGGACUAGGUCUAGUGGGCCGACCGAGAACCAAACGUAAACAUACAGAAUAACUAUAGAUUUUAAUGGCCACUAGUUGUAGUGGCCUAUCGGGGUUAAAAAAUGUAUGAUGCUUUAAGCAUCAUAGAUUUUUAUGUAAGACUUACACCGGACUCUCACCGUUAUAAGGAUAUUAUUACGAACCAUCGGACCUUCUCUGUAUGUACAGACUUUGGUUUGUGAACAUGACUUUAAACCGUGAUAGCUGUAUGUAAAGGUUGAUUGUCGGUAAAAAUCACACAUUGUUUAUAAAAUUGUUUACUCGAGCAUCGCUUAUUGGCAAACAAGCACGCAUUUACCACCUGAUGGAUCUAAUAUUCUUUAUUGUUUGCUUACACGGAACAAAGUAGGACUUAUGAAUAAGCGAUACAUUUUUUAUAUUAAUUAAGUACAAAGAAAUAACAGUAUUUUAAAAUACCUAUUUAUGGGUAAAGUUACAUUUCCAUAAAUAUAUUAUACUUAACUAGUUAAAACUUUUUAAUACCUAAUUAAAGAAAAUUAAACAUUUAUAUUUACA